AUGCUAAGUGCGAAGUUUCCUCAAUCCGAGGUCCCCGCCUCGGAGUCCUUCUAUUCAGGAAUGGUGCCGAAUCUGCGGUUCAACAUAACCAUGGCAGUGAUAUUUGGAAUACUAUGGUUGUUCCAUGUUGUGAUGGGGGUGUGGACAAAACAGUAUUGGUUCUGGGUAGCAUUCACGUGUGCAUGUACUUUGGAGGUUCUUGGUUAUGUAGGAAGAGCACUCUCUCACAACGAUGUUAUGAACAUGAAUGAUUUUUUGCUACAAAUUAUCUGUUUGACAAUUGCGCCUGUGUUCACCAUGGGUGGAAUUUACUACCAGCUAGCGAAGCUGAUUGAAAUAUACGGUCACAAGUUUGCCUUGCUAUCGUCUCCAAUGGCUUAUUCCUACAUUUUUAUCUGCUGUGACAUUGUGUCUCUUGUGGUACAAGCUGUAGGUGGUGGUAUGGCUGGUAUGGCAGUAAGCCAACACACAAAUGGGGCUGAAGGUGACCACAUUUUUGUUGCAGGUUUGGCAAUCCAGGUUGCUUCGAUGAGCAUUUUUCUGUUCCUGUGGUUCCAUUUGCUUUACAAGAUAUUCAUUGAGACUCGGAUGAAGCAUGUGGGUGCCCAAAAGUUUUCUUGGGCCUUACUGAAGAUCUCACAAGACGAGAUCGAUUACAUGUACAGACCAAAGUACGAGUUUUUGCGUCGCAACCCUCGUCGCUGGACUUUCCAUUGGUUCACAUUGGCGUUGACGGCUGCUGUGAUCUUUGUAUUUGUGCGUUGUAUUUACAGAGUCAUCGAACUAGCUGAGGGUUGGUCUGGCUACCUGAUCACCCACGAGUGGUAUUUCAUCAUUCUAGAUGCUGUUAUGAUGUCUUGUGCCACACUUAUUUUGAGUUUUUUCCAUCCUGGCUUUGCCUUUGAGGGCCGCAAGGUAUCUAUCAAAAUCACAAAUGAGAAGAAGGCAAUCGAGAACGAAGAACCUUCAUCCUCCGCCACUUCUUCUAUUGCCGAUCAAGGUUCCAGAUAUUCUAUGAAGCCUGAAAAUCAAGUAUAG